GAUGUCCCCAUAUUGUAAUGAUGGACGGAUCAAUGUCUGAUGUCGGAUGGAUGGUUGGAUGAAGGAACAAAACCUCCAUCAGGACUUCUGAAUCUCCUUCAGUUUCUCCUCUUUGCUGUCAGAAAUGUUUCCCUUCAGAAUAAAAGCCCGUGAAGUGGGGUUUGUGUCUGAAACGUUUAGCCGAGCUCCAGUCCUCCAGAGGCUUCGUUAGCGUGACCUGAACUCGUAAACAAACAUCACAACCAGAAGUAAACAAGGUUUAGAUGAAGAGGAUUCUGGCCCAUUUUGGCUCCAGGGAGGUUCUGUGCAGACGGGUCAGAUCGGGUCAGAUCAGAGCUGCACGCCCUGCAGCGCCGGCGGCCCGGCAGAAUUGCUGCCCUGUUUUCAUUCCAGCGCUCUGGAGGAACUGCUUUCGCUCCGAGGAGAAAUCCAUAUUUCCUGAAUCCCAAUCAGGAAGCUGGGAGUUCCUGCUGCUGUUUUCACUCCAGAAGAAAACAAGCUGAGGUACAAACUGUUUCUGGACCAGAACAUGUGCAGCUCCAGUUCUUCUGUGCAGGAACAUGGAGUGAUUUACACUCCGAUUUCAGCCACAUUAAAAGCUCCUCAAACGCAAACAUCAGGAGCUUCAGCAGCAAAAACAAACAGCCGGCUGGAUGGGAACCGAGCCCGCUCCGCAUUCUUCCACCGAUGGAUUUUUCAUUUGUUCUGAGGGUUCUGCUUCUGCAUUUAAUAAAUAUAAAUUAGCCUGAAGAGGGAACAAAUCCUGAGAUACUGAGAGUCAUGAGGAGAGAGGAGAUGGAUGAGGAGCAGGACAGAUUCAGUGAGUUCUGGCCGCAUGUGGUUGACUGACUGCAUCAGGAGGAGGAGGAAGACGAGGAGGAAGGAGGCACGGCAUUAAGACCAAACCGCUCCGGAUGGCUGAGAGCAGAAACUGGAUCGGUCUCCUGACCACACGUCUGGUUGUGCAUUAAUGUGUUUGAGAAAGCAGGAGUCAGGAGCAGUUUAAACCGACAACGUUGGGUUAUGUAGACACAGUGGAGGUCUGCAGCCCCGAGCCGUCCAGCAGGCAGGACGUCAUUCAUCCUGAGGUUUACUUUGUAAACCAUCAGAUCCAUCUCUGCAAAACUUUCCAACACGCAGUGAGGUCCCGGCACCGAACCCUGAACCGGGCCGGGCCGUUUCCUACCUGAGACUCCCAAACACGCUCUGUCAUCAGUUUGGAUGCAGACACACAGCAGGUUUGAGUCCCAGAGGCGUCACCAGGUCUCCUCCACCCAAACCCGGACCCGAGCCAGCGCUCGUUUGGCCGCCCGGCCGCAGACCCCGGGCGCAGUUCCCCGACCCAAUCAGAACCGUCACAGCCUGUCGUCCAGACCCACAAUUAGAUUUGAGCUCCAGAACCGAGUAACACGCCAGCGCAGACUGAAUCUGUUAACAAGAUGCCUACACUGCAGCUUUCAGCCUUACCAGGGGCACAGAGAGCCCAACACGACCCCUGGCUGGGGAUCCGUUACUGGUAACUCUGCAGCAGCGUUUCCCCAAAGCCAGAGGCUCUCCACAGUCGGGUCGCCGCCUCGCUGUGAUCCCUCAAUUCCCAGAAUUCCCACCCGCAUCGCCCCCGCCUGCAGAGCAAGAAUGGAUGGAUGGAUCCUCUCCAUAAAUAACCAGCAGAGCGGAGCCAAACCCCCACCGUGUUUUUCCCCUCCACGCUUUGUUUCAGAGCCCGGACAGAGAGCGGCCGCGUCCAAACCUGCUGGUUCCACCGAGCGGGACCGCAAAUCCUUGGCACACACUGGGAUAAAGGAAAAACAGGAGAGUGGAGUUUGGGUAAAUAGAGGCUAACAACACGCAGAGCGACGCGGAGCGACGGGGAGCGACGG